UCUAUCCAUCUAUCUGUCGUUUAUUUUAAUAUUCAAGGACUGAAAAUGUUCAUUUCUUCAAACAUUCAACGGUCAAAUUUUCCCAAUCCCUAACGGCCUAAACCCAAUGACACCAGCCUUCCCACAAAUAAUCAAAUUCAUUAUCUCUCUUUUUUGUCCUUUCACCCGUAUCAUAACUUUGACCAAACGCGUUCGAGGAGUGUAUGACCAAUAUACAUGCUUUCACACACAUGUAAUGAACCCUAUCUCAUCUCUCUCACUUGGCCUCAAGACCCGAACAUAAAUCUUUACCGAGUUCUUGACAUAAAACCGGAAACAUGGUGUUUCCUUUGAGAUUAAGGCGAAGAGGGGGAAACAAGAAGGAGAUAAUCCCCGUGAUGUGCGAUUCCGAGAUCGAGAUCAUGAUCCCGGCUCAGUUUCGGUGUCCGAUCUCGUUCGAUCUCAUGAAAGAUCCGGUGAUCAUGGCUUCGGGGAUCACUUACGACCGGGAAAGCAUCGAGAAGUGGAUCGAAUCCGGCAACAAGACGUGUCCGGUCACGAACACGGUCUUGAAAACGUUCGAACAGAUACCCAACCACGCGAUCCGCAAGGUGAUUCAAGAUUGGUGCGUCGAGAUGGGAUCGAAUAGUGGGAUACAACGUAUCCCGACGCCACGUGUCCCAGUUACGCCGCAAGAUGCCUCCGAGAUCUGCGGAAAGCUGUUGGCAGCUGCGAGGCGUGGGGACCACCAGAAAUGUGGGGAAGUUGUUGGGAAGAUCAAGAACUUGGGGAAGGAAAGCGAGAGGAACAAGAAGUGUCUGAGGGAAAACGGCGUCGGGUUGGCCCUCUGCGUUUGCUUCGACGCGUUUGUGUGUAGCGAAAACGCGUUUUUGCUUGAGGAGGUCUUGUCCGUCCUGACGUGGAUGUUUCCGAUUGGUUCAGAGGGUCAGACUAAAAUCACGUCUGCGGCUUCGUUACGUUGCCUUGCGGGUUUCUUGAGGAGCAUGGACGACUCCGUCCGUCGAAACGCCGCGUUUUUGUUAAAAGAGCUUCUCGCGUCGGACGAAACGCACGUUGUCACGUUAGCCGGGGUGGAUGGAGUGGCGGAAGCGUUUGUGAAGUUGAUCCGAGACGCUCUUUGUGUUAGCUCCACGAAAUCGUCGUUAACAGCGAUCUACCACAUGAUCUCGAACAAUCCCAAGAUGGUCUCGAAGUUUCUAGAAACGGGUCUGGUGAAUCUCGCGGUGGAGAUUAUCGUGGACGCAGAGAAAAGCUUGUGCGAGAAAGCGUUGGCUGUUCUAGACGCGAUUUGCGAAACGCGAGAAGGGAAAGAGGAAAUAGGAAAAAACGCGUUGGUGAUGCCACUGCUAGUGAAGAAGAUGCCGAAGAUCUCAGAGUUAGCGACGAUGAGCUCGGUGUCUGUGAUAUGGAAGCUUUGCAAGACGGAAAACGCAGCGACUGCGAUAGAAGAAGCGGUGAGAAUGGGAGCGUUUCAGAAGCUGCUGGUGGUGUUGCAAGUAGGGUGUCGAGGGGGGACAAAGGAGAAAGCCACGGAGUUGCUGAAGAUGAUGAAUCCACACGUGGGCAAGCUGGAAGUUGGAUGUGUUGAUUCUUCCAUGGAUUUCAAGUAUCUCAAGAAGCCAUUUUGAUGAAACAAACAAAAAAAAAAACUUGUAGAAUAUAUAGUGGAAUUCAAAGUAGAGUUGAUUUUGAUU